AUGUCUUCGGCGCCCGAGAAGCAGCAGCCACCGCACGGCGGCGGCGGCGGCGGCGGCGGCGGCGGGGGAGGCGGCGCGGCCAUGGACCCCGCGUCGUCCGGCCCGUCCAAGGCCAAGAAGACGAACGCCGGCAUCCGGCGCCCGGAGAAGCCGCCCUACUCGUACAUCGCGCUCAUCGUCAUGGCCAUCCAGAGCUCGCCCACCAAGCGCCUGACGCUCAGCGAGAUCUACCAGUUCCUGCAGAGCCGCUUCCCCUUCUUCCGCGGCUCCUACCAGGGCUGGAAGAACUCCGUGCGCCACAACCUCUCGCUCAACGAGUGCUUCAUCAAGCUGCCCAAGGGCCUCGGGCGGCCGGGCAAGGGCCACUACUGGACCAUCGACCCGGCCAGCGAGUUCAUGUUCGAGGAGGGCUCCUUUCGGCGGCGGCCGCGCGGCUUCCGAAGGAAAUGCCAGGCGCUCAAGCCCAUGUACAGCAUGAUGAACGGGCUCGGCUUCAACCACCUCCCGGACACCUACAGCUUCCAGGGCUCUGCCGGCGGCCUCUCGUGCCCGCCCAACAGCCUGGCGCUGGAGGGAGGUCUGGGCAUGAUGAACGGCCACUUGCCGGGCAACGUGGACGGCAUGGCUUUGCCCAGCCACUCGGUGCCCCACCUGCCUGCCAACGGCGGCCACUCGUACAUGGGCAGCUGCGGCGGCACGGCGGCCGGCGAGUACCCGCACCACGACGGCUCGGUGCCUGCCUCGCCGCUGCUGCCCGCGGCGGCUGGCGGGGUCAUGGAGCCCCACGCCGUCUACUCGGGCUCAGCGGCCGCCUGGCCUCCCUCUGCCUCGGCGGCGCUCAACAGCAGCGCCUCCUACAUUAAGCAGCAGCCCCUGUCCCCCUGCAACCCCGCGGCCAACCCCCUGUCCGGCAGCCUCUCCACGCACUCCCUGGACCAGCCAUAUCUGCACCAGAACAGUCACAACGCCCCUGCUGAGCUGCAAGGCAUCCCGCGGUAUCACUCGCAGUCACCCAGCAUGUGUGACCGAAAGGAGUUCGUCUUCUCUUUCAACACCAUGGCAUCCUCGUCCAUGCACUCGGCCGGCGGCGGCUCCUACUACCAUCAGCAGGUCACCUACCAAGACAUCAAGCCCUGCGUCAUGUGA